AUAAAAUAAAGAAAGAAUAAAAAAAUAAGAAAGGAAAGGAUUUGGUCCCACGCGGCUGCCGGCGACGCGCGAGGCGGCGAGCCCUAGAUGGUGCCCGGAGGCGGAGCCCCAACGGGGAAGGCGGAGGGAGGGAGGCCUCUGCAGGCGGCGGCGGCGGCGGGGACGCCGGGGGCGGAGGUGGACGCGUUCCGGCGCCAGGUCGAGGACCUCGUCUCCAAGACCGACCAGGUAGAGAAGAGGGUGAAUGAGGUGAUGGGAUUCUUCGACGGGAAGAAACACGGCAGCGGUGGCCGGAAGGCUGGCCGCAAGGAUAGCAGCCACUCCAAAGGGAUGCCCGAUCUUAUGCGUCAGUUUGGCGUGAUUGUGCGUCAGAUCACAUCUCACGAAUGGGCCGAUCCAUUUCUGAAGCCGGUAGAUGUUGUAGGCCUUCAACUUGAUGAUUAUUACAAGAUUAUCACCAAACCUAUGGAUUUUUCGACCAUCCAAAAGAAAAUGGAAGGGAAAGAUGACACCAGAUAUAACAAUGUCCGAGAAAUAUAUUCUGAUGUCAGAUUAAUUUUUGCGAAUGCAAUGAAGUACAAUGAUGAACGGCAUGAUGUUCAUAUAAUGGCCAAAUCACUGCUUGAAAAAUUUGAAGAGAAAUGGCUCCAACUUCUUCCUAAAGUUGAAAAUGAGGAAAGGAAACAAAAAGAUGAAGAAUCCAAUGGUGUUCCGAAAACAAACAUCUCUGUAGAAGAAGCUAUCGUGCAAUUAGCAAAAGAUACUGACAAUGAGCUGAUUGAGAUCAAUAGGCAGUUGGACGAGCUCCGGCAAAUGGUUAUCCAGAGAUGCAGGAAAAUGACUACAGAAGAGAAAAGAAAACUGGGUGCAGGUCUCUGCCACCUGUGUCAGGAGGAUCUUACCAAGGCAUUGGAGAUAGUUGCACAAGACAACCCUACCUUCCAUCUCAGAGGAGAAGAAGUGAAUCUUGAUAUGGAUGCUCAGAGCGAGACCACCCUGUGGAGGUUGAAAUUCUUUGUGAGGGAAGCCUUGGAACGACAAGCUAAUGUCGCUUCUAGCAAAACCGACGAAAAUGCAAAAAGAAAGAGGGAGAUAUGCAAUGCUCUUGCCAGAACUGCUUCAAAACGAGUCAAGCAGCAACCUAAUUAGUGAUCUUAGACUAUUGUGCCUUUUGGUUCUUCAGGAUGUUUGUGAGAAAUAGCUUCGCAAAUAAACUCUUCCUUCUAUGGAGCAUGUAUAUAUAAUGCAGUGUCUGCUUACCUGUGUUGUACAAUUGUCUCAUGUUCUGGGGAAAAAAAGUCUCGUGUUUCA